AUGGGGAAUCCAAACAAUGUGACUGAAUUCAUUCUUUUGGGAAUCACAAAGAAUCCAGAGCUGAGGAAAAUAUUAUCUGUUCUGUUUCUAGUAUUCUAUGUGGCAACUAUAUUGGGAAACCUUCUCAUUGUAGCAACUAUAGCCAGGAGCCAGAGUCUGAGGUCGCCCAUGUACUUCUUCCUUAAGACUCUGUCGCUCAUAGAUAUCUCCUACUCUUCUAUCACUGUACCCAAGUUGAUUGUGGACUCUCUCUCUGAGAACACUGCCAUCUCCCUAGAAGGCUGCAUGUCCCAGCUAUUUGUUGGCCAUUUUCUGGGUGGCAUGGGGAUCAUCCUUCUCAUUGUGAUGGCCUAUGAUCGAUAUGUGGCCAUCUGUAAGCCCUUGCACUACAUGAUCAUCAUGAGUCCUCGGAUGUGUCGGGUGUUACUGGGAGGAACUUGCAUGGGGGGAUCCACGCAUGCAACUAUUCAGCUUCUCUUUAUGUAUCAAUUACACUUCUGUGGACCUAACAUCAUUGACCACUUUAUGUGUGACUUGUUUCCAUUGUUGAAAUUGGCCUGCAUGGACACACGUAUUCUGGGUUUCUUGGUCAUUCUCAACAGUGGGGUGAUGUGUGUGACUAUUUUCCUGAUUCUCAUGGCUUCCUAUGUAGUCAUCCUCUUCUCCUUGAAGUCUUGCAGUGCUGAAGGGAGGCGCAAAGCCCUUUCCACAUGCAGCUCACACUUCACAGUGGUUGUGUUGUUCUUUGUGCCGUGUAUUUUCUUGUACAUGAGGCCUGUGGUCACUUACCCCAUAGACAAGGCCAUGGCUGUAUCUGCUAUGGUUGUUGAACCAAUGUUAAAUCCUCUGAUCUAUACCUUGAGGAAUGCAGAGGUGAAAAAUGCCCUGAGGAAAGUGUGGAUGAAGUAG